AUGACUGGUUCGGUGAUGUACAACUCUCCUGAGGACCAUCCGCUACUCCAUCUACUAUCUACCAGAGAUAUUAAUCGUGACAGCUGUCUCGACCUAAAGUGGUCAUGUCCAACCCGCCUGGGUGUUCUCACGCGGGAGUUGGAACUCUCUCUUACCGCGACAGACUGUAAGAUUACCUGGCCAGAGCUAGAGAAAGGGGUCGUGAAAGAAGUGUGCCAAGGAACCGAUAUCAAGUCUGAAUCUGGAGCCUUCGAUGCAGACCAUAGUAUGCGCUUGUUCUAUAUUCAGAGUAGAAGAAAUCGUCUCGUCAGUCCCCAGGUCAAUCAAUCCACUUGCAAACUGUGUAGGAAGGGUGGCAGUCAUAUGGUUGAAGACAAAUUUCCGCUCGUCUACUGGAGCUCAAAGGAGCCCAGUAGACUAGGAGUCUGA